AUGAGGCGCGCAGCUCCUGCUUCCAAUCAGGGGCAGGCUCUCCGCGCCCAACAUGGGAGGGGGCUAUUUGCAGCUGGAGCCUUCAGCCUCACCAUUCUAACCUGGAACUAUUCGUUUCUUUGGAACAUCUGCCCACUUCAAUGCCAUGAUAGCGCAACUCUGCCAUGUCUGACCCCUUCUCUAUAGCAGGCAGUGCAGUGGGCGUCAUAUCGCUUGACUUGUCAACUCACCCUGCGAGCCGAAAGUCUCAAAGACUGCCUCAGCAUCCUCCAACAAACUCUGCCCACGUUAAGGCGACAGACACCCAACACAGCAGUCCGGAUUGAGCGUUCAAUCGGCGAAUGUCAUUCGCAUAUCUUAAUUCUCCAAGCUAAGCUCGCUGAUCUGCAGCGAACACAUGGGAAUUUGCUUACACACGAUAAAUGUCGAUCCCUGGCACAGAAAGCUUUCUUUCCAUUCAAAAAGGAUGCCUUAGUGGACUUGUCUAGUACAGUUGAUGGACUUCAACAAAAUCUGGACACGAUUCUUUCUAUUGCCAAUUUAGAGGCGUCCGCCACCUUGACAAGCGCUCAGGGCAUCGUCAACACCAAGCUGGAUACCAUCGUAUCCACUUCCAGUGUCAUAGCCUCUGGUAUUCAAAAUACUACCCACAAUCUUGCCUCUCUGCAGUCCGGUUUGUCAACCCUACAGGGGGAGCUAGGCGCUUUAAGGGCCACUCUUGACCCUGGGGUUCAAAUGAUGAUGCGACGAUUCGACAGCCGAGCCGAACAGUUGGACCAGAUGCAAAUUAGCUCUAACGCAUCAAUUCCUGCCGUGCAGCAGCUGAAAUCCAAUACCGGUACACUUCAACGACAGCUCAUAUCCAAGCCUAGCUUGAUGCAGAAGCUGUGCGACGAAGCCUCGAGCAACUCAAUCAGUGCCCAACAGGCAGCAACCUCAUUUGAGCACUCGUCGCCUUGUCGAUGUCACCGUCUCGAGCCUCGUCACACAAUGUGGAAACAACCCUUUUCUUUUCGUUAUGUCGAAAUUUCCGAGCAUCAUGAGCACUGUCCCUUCCAUAUCAAGAGCAGGAAAAAAAGAAGACUACAGUUAAAGCUUUCCUAUUUCUCUAUGCUGGUUGCCCACAGCCUUCGAGUUAUGAUCGAUUUGAAGAGUGGAGCGGGCGGAAAUUCCAUCGCCACAACCAUAGACUGGAUACCUGUCGUCUCGCACAUGUAUUGCCCCGCCUUUCGGUUGCUUAGCUCACUCAUUGGAUUUACCGAAACGCCAAAGCAGGACCAUCUUCGAGAAAUACCUGGUAAAAUGAUGCAGCUCUUUGAGCAGCGAAAAGCACAUCCCAAAGAAGUAAAUCACGACGGCUAUAGUCUUCUCCAGUAUGCAAUCUUUACUGUCCGAAGCUUAUACUACAUACGGCAUUCAGGUCUGUAUAGCACCUCCUUACCUAUCAGAAUUAGUGCAGGACUGAAUCAUACUAUGGCACUCCCUGGAGGCUCAUGCAUUUUACCUCAUAACGUGUAACAUCGUGAAUUUGCUGAAUCCAAA